AUCAAAGUCAGAUGCCUUUAUGAAAUGGAUGCAAACAAACACAUGCAAAAGGUGAAUGUAGGUGAACUAGCAGAGCACUGCUGUUUUACAGUAAGGAUCGGCACAUUUAAAAUAUUCGUUGGGGAUGGGAAGAACGGUUGACAGGCUGAGAGAGUUAUGGCUGGCCAGCCUGGAGAACAGAUGGUUCCAGAGAGACUCUGGUGCCUCUUCCAGUACUUAAAAGGGGCUUAGACAAAGGCUAGAGGGGUACUUUGGACAAGAGCGUGUAGUGAUAGGACACAAGGAAAAUGGCCUUAAGCUGCAGGUGGGCAGAUUUAGAUUAGGUGUUAGGAGGGAAUUUCUGACUGUGAGUGCAGGCAGGCCCUGGCACAGAGCAGCUGUGGCUGCCCCUGGAUCCCUGGCAGUGCCCAAGGCCAGACUGGACAGGCCUUGGAGCACCCUGGAAUAGUGGAAGGUGUCCCUGCCCAUGGCAGUGGUGUCACUGGCUGGUCAUUAAAGUCCAUUCCACCCAGAGCAUUCCAUGUCUCUAUGACUCUGUGCUGCCCCUCCCUGCCAUGCCCAGCACUCAGAACCAGCCCCUCUGUGACAGUGGCCCUGGCGGGCACUGUGAGCACCACGAAGGCUGUGCAUGCGGUGGCAGUGGCCACACUGGAGGUGACGUCUGUUCAGGCUCUGCCACCUGCGCUGGCACCGAUGGCUCUUCUGUGGCUGCUCAUGCUGCUGGCCCUGGCCGGGCCCGUGUGGGGCACCUGGGACUCCUGCAGAAGGACCUGCAGGCUCCGGCCCAUGGCCUCUGACCACAGUUCCAUGACUUCUGCUGCUGGCACGUCCCAUGUGGGUGGCACCGGUGUCCAGCCAGGGGCCUGGCCCGGCAUCGUCAGCAUCCAGGCCACCUGGGAGAACGGCACGUGGCACAUGUGCACGGGUGUCCUCCUCAGCUCCCAGUGGGUCCUCACGGUCGCACACUGCUUCGCCAGGGCCGGGGGCAUCUCCAUGUGGGACGUGGUGAUAGGGGCCUCAGAUCUGAGACAGCCAGGCCCUGAGGCUGUGGUGAGACGCAUCCAGAGGCUCCUGGUGCACCAGCACUAUGUGGCUGCCACGGCCAGGAACGACAUCGCCCUGGUGGAGCUGGACCAGCCCGUGGAGUGCAGCGACUACAUCCAGCUGGGCUGUGUGCCCGACGCCUCGCUCAGGGUCUCAGAGCUGAAAUCCUGCUACAUCGCCGGCUGGAACUUUGCCAGAACUCAGGGAACAGGCAUAGUGCUGCAGGAGUCCAAGGUCCACCUCAUGGACACGGAGCUCUGCAACAGCAGCCGGUGGUACGCGGGGGCCAUCCAUCCCCGCAACCUGUGUGCUGGCUACCCACAGGGUGGUAUUGACACAUGCAAGGGGGACAGCGGGGGUCCCCUCGUCUGCAAGGACAAUGAAGCCGACUACUACUGGCUGGUGGGCUUGAACAGCUGGGGAAGAGGCUGUGACAGAGCCAGGCACCCCGGGAUCUACACCUCCACUCAGCACUUCUACAACUGGAUCCUGCUCCAGACGGGCCUGAGCCCCGCAGAAAGAGCUGGUCCAGCACUGGAGCCAGUUGUCACCUUGGCCCCUGAGGAGGAGCCUGAGGAACCAGAGGAACCAGAAGAACACAUCAACUUGACCCCUGAGUACAGCCAGAGACCAGCAGUGACAUCCUCAGGCACGUCACUGUCCAUGGCAUUCCCACACCAGAUCCUGGUGCAUUUCUGGAAUCUGGUGCAGGAGUUCCUGCAGUUUCGGAAGGACAAAAAAGCCUCAGCAGCAGCAGGAUGAGCAGGAUCCAGGGCUACCUGCAAUGGAUCAUGGCAGCUCCUGCUGGGCCAAAGGUAGUCUUGGGGCCAGAGGCUUCUCUGUCCUGCCCAUGCUGCUGUGCUGCAGCCACAGCGAUGCUGAUGUGACUGAGGCAUUGAAGUAAAGUUUCUGU